AUGGGCGAAAUCGAAUCUUAUUGUAACAAAGAGUUGGGACCAUUGCCAACAAAAGCUCCAACUUUGGCAAAGAACGUGCUUGACUUGUUUUCCCUUAAGGGUAAAGUUGCUUCUGUGACUGGAUCAUCUGGUGGUAUUGGUUGGGCUGUUGCUGAGGCUUACGCUCAAGCUGGUGCAGAUGUAGCCAUUUGGUACAACUCCCAUCCAGCUGAUGAGAAAGCCGAACACUUGCAAAAGACAUAUGGGGUCCGUUCGAAAGCUUACAAGUGUAACAUUAGUGACCCAAAGAGCGUUGAAGAAACCAUCUCUCAACAAGAAAAAGACUUUGGAACCAUUGACGUGUUUGUCGCUAAUGCUGGUAUUCCUUGGGCUGAUGGUCCGGUGAUUGACCUUGAAAACUACGAUGCAUGGAAUAAACUCAUCAACACCGACAUCAAUGGUGUGUUUUACUGCGCACACAGUAUCGGUAAGAUCUUCAAAAAGAAUGGAAAAGGAUCCUUAAUUAUUACUGCUUCACUCGCUGGUUCUGUUGUCACUAUUCCGCAACAACAAACUCCUUAUAAUACUGCGAAAGCCGCUUGUCUUCAUUUGGCAAAAUCAUUGGCGGUUGAGUGGGCGCCAUUUGCUAGAGUCAAUACCGUUUCACCAGGCUACUUUGAAACCGAGAUCAAUGGAUUCGCAGACGAGGAUAUGCGUGAAAAGUGGUAUCAAUUGACGCCAUUGGGAAGAAUGGGAAUAACUGAAGAGCUAGUUGGUGGGUAUUUGUACUUUGCUUCUAAUGCAUCUACAUUCACAACAGGCUCUGAUCUUAUUAUCGAUGGUGGAUUCACCUGUCCAUAG